AGCAAAAUUCUGUGUACGCCUAAAAACCAAUCAAUUCCAUAUUUCUUUAAGGUGUCUUCUUUCCGAAUUUCUUCUUUCUUUCGGAUAAUGGUGGUCGAAUGCCGUCAUGUCCUGUCACGAUUUAGAAUUUAGAAAAUAAGAAACAUACGUACAUAUACCAUACACGCUCGGCCGAGCAGGAGUGCAUUUUCUAUAUAUGCACGUAUACCUACCUACAUACAUAAUAAACACACAUGUAGCACACGUAAAUCAUAUGAGUGUAAUACACGGUUCUAUAUUCUUCGUGUCUGUGUGCUUAUACACUUUGCACCGGCGUGAGUUGCCGCUUGGUUGCCGUACAUUAUCGUAACGUGUAACAGCAAUAGCCAACAGAAGCGUGCAAAGCAGUGCAAAGCGAUCGACGAAAGCGAGGAACCGUUCCUUCUACAUAGAUGGCUUCAAUCGAAGAACUGGAUCAACUCGACAGCGGAAUGGAUAGUAGCGACGCACGUUCUCCAGAGGUGAAAUCGCUUCUUCCCGAUGACGAGGAUGACGAGGAGGAUGAAAGUCUUGCAGAAAGGUUAUUGGGUCUCACAGAAAUGUUUCCUGACGAAGUACGUAAUUUCGGGUACAAUGUUGGCACUUGUUUCUAUAGCUGUAUGAAAGGACUAUACGCUUUCUCGUGUUCUACAGCAUGGUUAUUCUUCAGCUCGUCCGCAAUUUUAUUUGCACCCAUAUUAUUCGAGAUAGAGCGUGCACAAAUGGAAGAGGCGCAACGUACCCAGCAGAAACAAGUCCUCUUAGGACCUAAUAUGGCUAUGUCUAAUAUGACCUCGGGUCUUCCAAUGGCUCCACCGGUGCAACGAUAAUACAAAUAUUAAUGCUGCAUUCGAAUCGUCAAGAGUGACAGUUCCAUUCAUCGUUUAUACUUAUUAGCAUAACAAUUCCAAUGUAUUUUAACCUUCCACCGUAUAACCUGAAGCAAAUAAGGAUUAUCAAAUAUUUCUCUUUUGGGAGUAUAAAAUUUGAACAUACCAAAUGGUUAAUCGUUAAGCAAUAAUGAUGGUAUCGCUCGUUAUUUCUUUUGAGAUUGACAAUGAAUUUGUACAGGUAGGAUUUAUCGGCACUUUAUUGUGUCAUCUACACGAAAGGUGAAUCUGAUUAUAUUAAGGAUUCUCAACGGUAUCUCUUAUUCGUUACAAAAUAAUUGUAAAAUUUCAAUAAUUUUGUAUCACGAAUAUGCUUUUACUAGGUAUAAUAAUUAAAUCUCAUAUUGUUAUCAUUUGUAGCGUAUCAUUUUCUUGUUACUACUAAUACUGUAAUACACAAAAUGUAAUAGUUUAAUCACAUGGUCGAAAACGAGAUAUAAAAUACAUAACUGCAAACUGCAA